CGCCCCCAGCGUGGAUACCGACAGCUCGAGUCAGCGCCGAGCACAAUACUGUCACUUUACGUGGGUUAUGGACUUUUCGGCCACGAUGGGGAGUUUUCAUAUUCAUGCAACACAAGUUUAUCGGUGUGUCUGUGCCUGAAGCAUAGCUCUAAAGUGAGCAGGGAGUCUGUGCGGCGCGUGAACGGCUCGUAUCUCCGCGUGCUUUAAUUCAGGAUGUCAGGGUUCUUGAAAAGCCGGUAACGAUACAAAGUGAGUUUGCUGAAUGUCCAGCAUCACACACAAGGGAUCUGCGACGGAGUCGAGCGAUUUAGACAAGUGUCAUUUCGCUUCUGAAUGCUCUAAAGAAACAUUUUUAUUUUGCGUCUUUAACAAAAUGGAACAUUUAGCAGCAGAGUGCCUUGUGUCUAUGUCCAGCCGCGCAAUUGUUCACGGUCCUAAAGGGAACAGGGAGAUCCGACCCGAAACUGCGGCUGCACCGAGGAGCGGAGAGGAGACCAAGGAAGCGCUGGUGAAGGACAACUCUUCUCUUUUUGUCGUGGCCCGAAUUCUGGCGGAUUUCAAUCAGCAGAGCCCUACUAAUUUCGCCGAGCAGGCAAAAACAAAAGAAGAGAGCGUGCCACCACCACCAGCACCACCAACAACAACCCCAGCGCGAGAGGAUGGAAACUCUGCCACACCUACCACCGUCCCUGCCGACUCUGCCCUUAAACAAAGAGGCAAGCGACUGAGGGCUCGCGCUGAGCAGGAAUCCCCGCAGAAAAAGCACAAAUGCCACUAUUCUGGCUGCGAAAAAGUUUAUGGCAAAUCGUCACAUCUCAAAGCUCACCUAAGGACACAUACAGGAGAACGGCCCUUCCCGUGCACCUGGCCUGACUGCAGUAAGAAAUUUGCUCGCUCGGACGAGUUGGCACGCCACUACCGUACCCAUACGGGAGAAAAGAAGUUUGGCUGCCCGCUGUGCGACAAGCGCUUCAUGCGGAGCGACCACCUGAUGAAGCACGCUCGCCGACACUCCGACUUCCAGCCGGCCAUGCUGAAGAGGCAGCAAGGAGGCAGCGGCGCGUUGACCGUAGCGAGCAGCACGCGGCCCGGAUCGCUGAGCGACUACAGCCGCUCGGAUGCCUCCAGUCCCACGCUCAGCCCCGCACUCAGCCCCGCACUCAGCCCAGCCAACUCGCCUUAAACCCGCCUGCACUUUCCGCCCUCUGCCCCCUGCAGCUCAUUGCUGUUUUUGUUUUGUUUUUGUUUUUAACUCAAUUUUUUCUGUCCAAAGUAGUGAUGUUGCACACUUAUUAGCCACCACCUCUCUUUGCUAAUCCUUUUCGGCUUGCUGUGGUGUACUCUACUGUACAUAACUGCUUCCUGUAGUGCAAUUUUUUUCUCACCAACUUCAUAAAAAGAGAAAAGCAGAAAACAGAGAAGAAAAAAAAUGCCUUUUCCAGAUGGCAAUAUUUACAUGAUGUACCAUAUGUCUGUAUUUUUUAUAGCCUCUGGCCACAGCCAGUUUCCAUUGUAUUUUUGUUGCUCUCUCUUUUGAUCAAAUCUGUUCAAAUGAACAAAAACGUAGACAGAAUUAACAGGUUUAGGUUUUUUUUGUUUUGUUUUGUUCUCUCUUUUUAUUUAUGACGGGUUAGGGGGAGUGGCGCACACACACACCUCAGGAUUCUAGACAGUUGUUUUUCUUUCUCUCUCUCUCCUUUAAUAUUCACACUGACUGCACAAUACAAGCAUCACUUUACUCUGAAAUUCAACAAGGGUUGAAUUUUGUGCCCUGCUCAGGGAUGGCCUUGUUAGCUUGAAAGAAUGAACAUGAAGAGAAAACAUACAUAAAACAGCCUUACACACAACACACGAAAAAAAUGCACUCUUCCUUUUGUCUUUUUUUAUUGGUUUUCACAUGAUUUGAGACUAGUACUAGGUUUAACAGUCAUAAAAAUCUGGAUAUCCGAUCUGGCUGUAAGACGUGGUACCCCGGCUUUGGGACUAGAAUGGAGUAGAAGUCAUUGUGUAUUGAGACUGGAAGUAAUUCUUUUUGUUUUUAACAUUGCUAUCUCUAAGACUCUCCUUUUUUUCCCCCACAAAUCUGUGAGGGUUGUUCUGGAUAGGUUCUUCGUCGUACAUGUUAUAGUGGCCUAAAUCCAAUUUUUUUGGUCUAGAUCUGACAUGAAGAGAAAAAUGAAAUCAGAUUUAAGCCACUAUUGUAUGUACACCUAGUUUGUUGUGUGUGUGUGUGUGUGUGUGUGUGUGUGUGUGGGUGUGUGUGUGUGUGUGGGUGUGGGUGUGUGGUCUCAGUGAGUCAGAUUAUAAUCUUUUUUAAUUAUUUAUUUUAUUUUACUCUUUUACAUCACACUUCACUGCACUUGUGUAACUUCGUGGCUCACUUACGGUGGAUCGUCCUCAUGAUGUUGUUGAUUUCAGAAAUACGUGCGUGUGCCACAUUUCAGGGCGGAGCUUUGUUCACACAGUAGGGACAAUGGAUGUAGGUCACUUAAUAAUAAUAAUAAUAAUCAAGGUGAAAAAUCGAUCGGAUUUGAACCGUGAAGCUUGUAGUGUGAACAGAGCUAAAGAAAAUCCCUACACUGUGUGAAUGUAGGCGAUCAAACUGUCAUUACAUGCACCACCUUCCCAAUGAGGAGACUAGAUCCCACUGCUCUCCUUACAGGACUGAACCAAAUCCCCUAAAAUGUGGAGGAUAAAGUUUCAAAGCAGCAGCACUGCACCAUAAAGACUGCACAUGCAUCAGCUUCAGGUUUUUUCCACAACAGUACAGGUUUAACACACACACACACACACAGCAAGGGAUCUGGAUCCCUUUGUUUUUGUUUUUUUAAAUAGAAAAGAGAAUAAAAAGGAAAAGCACACAAGAAGAAACCACCAAAGACUAGAAGGUGUGAAGGUGAGAAUAGGAAAGCUUUUCUGCCAUUGAUAUCCAGAGCUGGGGGAAGGGAGAUACGUUGGCAGUCUCAGGUAACGACAGAUGCCUCGGCCGCGUGACCUUACCCACCUUACUCACUGCCACCUGCCGCUUAGGAAACGGCUAUGUUCACAAGCAGGCUGUUCCUAGCAUGCUGGAGAGUCACUGCAACGGCGAUAUCCUCAGCGUGCCUCUCUCACUCCACCUAGGAAGAAGCAGACAGUGAGAGGAUGGAUGAAGUGCUGAAGGGUGUCCCCAGGGUCUCUGCUCUGGCAGACUAAAUGCAGCCUGGAAGCCUGCAGGUCUUCAGAGAGGAGUAAGCUGGAAACUGGGCUGGGUUGCUGGGGCAGUAAUGGGAGAUUGAAGCUUGCCUAACGAACAAAAGCAGCACUCUGGACGAGGCAGGAAAGAAAGUGCUGACCCCAAGGGAGCCAGAUAAAGACAUGGGGCUUUAUCAUAAGCUGAACGGUUUGGCAGAAGAGACAGCCAGUCAGCUCUCCCCUCUGGAACGCAGACCUCCACUUCCAUGCAUGCUGCCUCGCUUCCUGCCCACCCGCUAAGCGCUAAUGGAAGAGGGAGCAUCCCGUCAUCUAUCAGUGUUCUGCGAAUGGCACAGGGUGGCGGAUCUCAUUUGAUUGGAUGCCUUCAAAAUUUCAGGACAUUUCAGAAGAAAGUAGUUAAGGGCUUGUGAACAGUGAGAAUGUUUAUGGUAACAAUUAAAAUUUCAAGCAUAUCGUGUCCUGAUCUGGAGUUCUAAAUCCUUGGAGAAAAGAAAGAUAAAUUUACUGGAGUUUUUUGUUGUUCCAAUAUUAAGACCUUCCAGACUUUACUCAGACACAUCUUUCUCUUUUCUUUGAACGGCUGCCUUAAAGACAGUUGUAUAGAUCAGAAUAAACUGAUAAGACGAGGCAGCACACAGCUGUAAGACUCUACAGACUUUUUGUUUUUUGUUUUUUACAUUCUUUGCGUAUCCGGACCUCUACACAGACUUCUUUACUGUCGCAGAGACGCUGAUCGAAACAAUCAGUGUUGCUGCUAAACACAUUACCUCAAUAUACCAUUACAGCAGCUGCUUUCAAACUUGAUCCUCAUUGAACAGGGGGCAUUAGACUCAUGAAAUAUUGUUGCUACCAAAUCCAUGCAGUAACAAAUACAUAUCAUUUUAGCAAACAGCAGUUUACCGUCCUUUGCUUGCUGAAGCGUGGGAAGAUGAAGGAGCCAGAUGUGAGAAAGUGGUCUUAUGUUUCUACAAGCCAUUCCUCACAGCUAUGCCUCAUCAGCUCAGGCCAGAAGCUUACAAAACCUGCCAUGAAUAGAGGCACCACUGUCUAAACUCUUUUGGCACUUGCCUCUUACACACACACACACACUUACACACUGAUGCACAUACUCGUUCACCCAUCUCACACUUGUCAAGUCACUUUCACAUAUUCUCGGUUCUCCUUGUCUCACUUAUCAUGCACAUGCGUAUUCCCAUUGACUCUCCUCACCUCAUGGAGGGAGAUACGACUAGGGCACUGUGGCACUUCCCAGCUGGGGCUGUGGUAUCCCUGGACUGCAGGAGCAGGUGAAGGCCUGUGAAUACCAGGCCUUGUCCCUCUCUUCACCCUCCCUAUGCUGUCUUUCUCCUCCCUUCUCUUCCCUUUCCUCCCCUUCCUUCCCUCUUCCCCCCAGGGCCUCGCAGCCAGAGUCUUUCAAAACAGCACACAUAAUCAAAGCUUUCUCUCUUCUCUCUCUCUCAUCUCUCUCUCUCUCUCUCUCUCUCUCACUAAAGAAAACACCCAUAACAAAAUGAAACAGCAUCACACAUACAUUACUCCUGCAGCGAGACCACACAUAAUGCUUUCUCACUAUUAGGUCAUUUUAAACAGAUUCUAGAGGCGUUGGAAUCAAGCAUCGACCAAUUCCUCCCUGUUAUAGCUAACACUGGAACACUAAUUUAGUAAGUACUAAUUAGCUAAAUGCCCUCCAGGCUCACCUGUCAUCAAGCAACCCCAAAGAGCAGAUAAUAACACCUUUCCUUUCAUAUUACUGACAUAUGCUGACCAUAAGCUUCUUCUCAUACUACCACAAAGCUGUGUGUUGCAGUGCAUUGGAAGUGCUGAAGGUCAUGUCUGUGUUCUCUUCACUGUUAGUCUGAGAACACGCUGACUUCUCCUCUGUCUCAGUGAAACUCUCCUCUGUCCAAAACCAGUAGCAUGUUCGAAUAUGUAUGAACCCAUGGCUGUGACUGGUCUUUAAACUGGUCUCACUAUCUUGGGUACUAGUGAAAUGAAUCUAGUAAAAUGUUUCUAGUCCCUGGCAUCCACUUUAGGCACCGGUCACAGGUCAGUGUGAGACAUGGAAAAAAACACAUGCAUUUUCUUUUGCUCCAUAUAUUCACUGUACUGAAAUGACUUGAAUCGGAAACAAGACCAUUGAACAUAGAUUGUGGCAUGUCUAGGGUAAAACUGUACUUGCUCUGUCCUUAGCUUACAAUUCAACUUUACGUGUGAUCAUAGAUGGUGGAUGUAUUCAUCUGGCUUUGUUUAUUUCUAAUAUACAUUUCUGUAUUAUUAUUAAUAUUAUUACUAUUAUUAUUAUUAUUUCCAUUUUCUGAAUGAAAACAUAUUUAGUUAAUAUUUUCUGAUUUUUUUUAUUUUAUUGUUUUAUUUUUAUUUUUAUUUUUAUUUUUUAAGCCCCGAGCAAGACAAACCCCCAGAGUUCCCUCUUUAUGCAGAGACACUGAAUCUUUGUUAAAAGCAGGAUAUAGUUUUGUUUUUGUUUUUUUACUUUAAAAGUUAUGGAAAGAAGCGGGAUAUAGGGGUGAAGAUAACUUUUCUAAGGCUAAUCUUUCCUUCUUUAAUGCCUUGCACACGAUUGAUAUAAUUAGCUUAAUUUUUCAAACGAUACAUAACCAUAGAGACCAUAGCAUUGUGAAUAGGUAGUGUAGUCCCAUGCUAUUAUUAUUAUUAUUAUUAUUAUUAUUAUUAUUAUUAUUAUUAUUAUUAUUAUUAUUAUCCUUACUUUUUAUUAUUCUCUCCUUGGUUAUAGUUGACCAUUUUGUUACUCAUCAUGUAUUUUUUUCUUCCGAACGUGUGUACUUUUACGAAGAAACUCAGAAGGUUAUGAAGUAUGAAGUAUUUUGUUAUUAGAGUGGUAUAACUAAAAUAAUAAUGGGCCAAUGAUCAUGUCAACACGACCUAAUUUAUUAAUACUCCUUCAUUUAGACUGUAAAGCCGAUAAAGAAUCCGAAUAUAUCCGAAAGUUUCCUUAUUAAUUCCUUUUAACAUUAACCAGGAAUCAUAUUUAGCUAUAUUACAAAUUUCCCCGAAUAAUUUAUUUCCUAUCUGUUGCCAGAAUUAUACUAAUCGAUUAUAGUAGAUUUUGAGUUUGAAAAAAAACUAAUAUUUUUAAAAUAGCACAUUAGCUUUGAUAAUAAAGUGCCAAAGGCAUUAAAGUAGCAAAUCCAGGAGAAACCCUUAGAAAAUUCACAUGUAUUCCAUAAUAGAUGACAUUAACUAAAUAACCUUGUACAGUUUUCUAUGAGUGAUGUGUUUUUAAGUAUGUGUACAGGACUGAAUGAUAUGCAUUAGAUACCCAAGUAUUUUUAAGUUUAGCUCUGUUAUUUUAUUUUAUUAUUUUUUUUCCUUUUGGUGUGACGUUAAUGUAGCUUUAUGUUUUUGUUGUUGUUUUUUGUCUGAUUAUUAUUAUUAUGCUUUCUUAAUUUGUUUUAUGCUGUACAAUUUAGAACAUACAUGGUUAAAUAUCCUAAAGUCUUGGAUGCUUUUAUUGUUAUUAUUAAUCAGAAGUGAAAAACCCGACCAUUCCAAAGGAUUGCAAUUUUAUUUGCUGUAAAUGUGAUGCUUAUAUCAAACCAAUGCAUAGAAGCUACAUUACUUUUAUGUAUUUAUUUUAUGUUCUGUUUUUUGGACUGUGAUGUAUUUUACUGAAUGACAUUUGUGACUAGUUCAUUUGGGUACUUUUCUUAACAUUGCAUACUUUUUUUCCUGCUGUUUCGACAAUGCCGCUUGUACUAUAUUUGAUGGUGCCUACUGGACAAAAUAGACACAACCAUUCAUGUUGGGACAGGAUAAGUAGUAAACCCUGAGCCUCUCUCUCAUAAAAGGGAUUUUGCAAGCCUGCUUGCUUGUGUACAUGCAGGUGUGCAUAUUAUUUUGUAGCCAUUCCCACCGUAGGUGAAAGACAGACAUGCAAAACAGGGGUUAGGCCCGUGGAACCGUUGCAUGGAACAUGGGCCAAAGUGGUACAAAGCACCUGCCACUUGAGCCGUCAAGCAAACGAACCCACACUGUACAAUUAAUUGAAGUUCAGCACUGGGUUCCUGUAAUUAGAGCCUCACUGGGUUGUCACCAAAGACUUCUAGAGUGGAUGAAUGUGGCGAUGUUUGCAUUUGCGUUAGCUGGAAUUCAGGCUGCCGUUUCACAAAAGCACAUGAGAGCGCUUUCAGCUGAAAGGAAGAAAAAAAUGUUUAUCCUUCAAAUCAUAUGACUCUUUGGGUUAUUCCCAAACAUGUCUGCCAGGAAGUUUAGGAAACAAAAGAGACCCUUUGAGUACCGAACAAAGCCACGGUAAAGCGAACGGCCCGUGUUAAUUGUCCUGCUAACGUGUUUGUGAAGACUUAGCUAGACUGUUGUUUGCCCAUUAUGAUUGCCUAUGGGUUCUUCUGAGCAGUCUGUAAUGAAGGGUGUCCUUAAGCAGAACUGCACUGUUCUUGUGCAGGUUAGUUUUCUCCAAAGAACCCGUGAUUGGCAGUGUCAAUGCCCUUCAGUAAUUGUGUGGCUUGGAAGAGAAACCCCCGACAUCAAUGACACGAGUGUGAGCACCGUUUAGGAAUGACUGGAAACAUCCUCCACAUAAAAAAUGUUUACCAGGGGAAAAAAAAAACAUUUUUUGUUGUUUUUGGCAUCAUGUUGAUAGCAUUAAUGUCUCGAAAUAUUUCAUAUACGGGGGAUUCAUCUGUGUAUAUUCAUUGUACAUGAAGGCUUGCACAAUACAGUCAUACUCGUACUCUUGGUCACUGGUGGUGACUGAUGCUUUUAAAGCAUGUGGUCAUUCGUUUCAGUCUGUUCUUCUGUUAAUCUGCAUGUUUAGAUUCCAACCCACGGUUAGCCUUUUAGCGGCAUGCUACGUCCAGUGGUGUCAUCAGGGACAAGGCUGCUACGGUAGCAGCUGUUAAUGAGCACACACGACUGGAUUACUAUCGGAGGCUCAAACUCCCAUUCCCUUCUUUCACUUUUUUAUCAUGUGCACUCAGUAAACGUCUGUCCCGACACCUGACACGUUUCUUCACGGCCGAUUCUCUCUAGGCAAGAGCAUAUAUUGGCACGGGAUACCUGAACUCUAGAGAUAUUAGUCACGUUAAUUAGUGAUAUUCAAUGGCCACAACUAAUUAUUGAAGAUCUUUUACAUACCAAUGAUGCACAUUCUUUUGUAAUGACCAUAAAUCUCAAAAAUGAACAAAAAAUGAUGAUGUGUAAAGAUUUCCUGGGAGGUCAUUGAUGCUUCAAGCUGUCCUCUAGGCUUUAUGUGUAUACUUGGCUUGCCUUCCUGAUAUAUGUAUUAGUCUUUAUUUUCUAUCACCAUGCAAUGCCUGUUCCUGUGACUACAGCGCAGCUAUAAAGCGCUUUGUACAAAAUAACUCCUAUUUCAACUAUGGCCAGUCCCUCUCUUCAUGACCUCAUUCAAAACCUGCCAUCCAUCACCAUUUGUUAAUUUUUAUUUUGUCCUUUUUUCUGUUCCUUAAUCAACCAAAUCACUACAGUGAAGUAUUACAGUUGUACAGUUCCACGGAUUAUACCAACUCUUAAUGUCGCUGGUCAUGGUUGCUCUGCUGUAUCUUUUUAUGACAUUAUUUUUUACAUUCUAGACAAUAUAUUGUGACUCUGUCCUAUGCAAAUAUGAGAAUUAACAAGAAUUUGUCAAAUAAUGUAUGUGUCAACUUGUAUGCAUGAAAUAGUGAAGUUUACAUUUGAAAAUAAAUGCAUAAAUAAUCAGCUUUA